GUAAUUUCUCAAUAUACCUAAAAUUUAUCAGUUCAGUUCAGUCCUCAGUUGUGUCCGACUCUGCGACCCCAUGCACUGCAGCACGUCAGGCUUCCCUGUCCAUCACCAACCUAAAAUUUAUAGCCUGAAAACUGACCAUUUAUUCACUCCAUACAACUUUUCAUAUUUAGGAACAUAUAGCAGAAGUGGAAGCUUUUAAUGAAGCUGUUAGACAUUGUUGUGCCUAACAUAACAAAUUAACAGAGAUGGCAGCGGGAGCUCUUCUCUUCUCUUACCAACUUUGCCACUUUGCACACGAAAAAUCCUUCUUCCUAUCGGCGCCAGCAGUUCACCCCGGGGAAGGAACUCUGUGACCAUAGAGCUGGCGGAAUGCCGGGGUAGAGGGGACCGGAUGUUGUGUUUUCACCUCCCUGCCUAGGGGCCGGAUCGGGUCUCCCGGGGCUGGGUUUGGUUCCCGUUGCUGUCAGACUCUCCCGUUCAGCCGCAGGGCCGAGUGGCCCUGGGGGUGAGCUCGCCCCGGGACCAGACUCACUCCAUUACCAGCCUUCAGGAAGCUGAGUGGAUUCCUCGGUCUCCUAGCAACGAGGGCCCGGCCGCGGACUGAGCCAGCCGCGUAGCUUGUCCAAGCAGUUGGGGCGCUAUCCAGAAUCCCCAAGCCGGACCCAAACGGGAGCCGAAACCCCGAGCUUGGAGGAAUAAGCAGGAAAUGGCGGACGAGGCGUUGUUUUUGCUUCUGCAUAACGAGAUGGUGUCUGGAGUGUACAAGUCCGCGGAGCAGGGGGAGGUGGAAAAUGGACGCUGUAUAACUAAACUGGAAAACAUGGGGUUUCGAGUGGGACAAGGAUUGAUAGAAAGGUUUACAAAAGAUACUGCAAGGUUCAAGGAUGAGUUAGAUAUCAUGAAGUUCAUUUGUAAAGAUUUUUGGACUACAGUAUUCAAGAAGCAAAUCGACAAUUUAAGGACAAAUCAUCAGGGCAUCUAUGUACUUCAGGACAACAAAUUUCGCCUGCUUACUCAAAUGUCUGCAGGAAAACAAUAUUUAGAACAUGCAUCAAAGUAUUUAGCUUUUACAUGUGGCUUAAUCAGAGGUGGCUUAUCAAACUUGGGGAUAAAAAGUAUUGUAACAGCUGAAGUAUCUUCAAUGCCUGCCUGUAAAUUUCAAGUGAUGAUACAGAAGCUAUAGAACCUACUGAAAUGCAAGGCUUUACUAGUGUAAAGAGAUAAAUUAUUCCUGUAUAAAAUAUUUCAGAAGGCAAUGAUUACAUUGUUGGACAUUUGUACUGAUAUAAGCUAUUUGCUAACUUGUAUAAUGAAAGAUGCACGCUUAAGCAGAGGAAGGUUGUAUUUUAUCAAUUUAAGACAGACCUUAAAGCAAGUAGAGACAUUCUACUAUAACAUACACUUUACUGAAACUAUUUAGAAUGAAAAUCUAAUUUCAAAUAACUAAACACCAAUGCAGGACCCUUAUUUAAACAUUUUUAUUUGCUUAGAGUGAUACAUAUUUAACCAGAAAUGGAGAAGCAAAACUCAGGGUUUGGUAAAUUAGCAUAAAGAAAAGUAUGCACCAAUCAGAAUCAUUUGUGUAAAAAUGAACAAAUUUUGGUUUAUGAAUUUGUUAUUAAAAAAGCAAAUAGUACACUAAAUUUUAAACUUUAUUAUCUUAUUGCUUAUAAUUUAUUUCUAUUGAGUUUUUAUGCAUGUAUAAGGAUUUCAUUAUAUACAUUGUGUGUUGUGUGUGUGUGAUAUAUAUUUAACUGCCUAAAUUGCUUUAAAACUUUAUUUUACUUUAAUAGAAUUCAGUUCUUGAAAGCUUCAUUAAUAUAAUAAAGUAAAAUAUAGAUCUAGACAAAGUGGGAUACAGAUGUGAAUUCAGUGACUCCAGAGCCAAAGAAUAAUAGGUAUUUGAGGAAGGAAUUGUUAUACUUACUCCAGUUAACAGUCUUGACUUUCCAUUUCUCUCUCCAUAUGUGGAAGUGCUGGUGAAGAUUCUAACAUCUGUACUUUUCCCCCUUACUUUUAGUCUUCCCCAAGGGCAGAGGGGUGGAUGAAUCGAUAGUCACACCAGUAUUCAUGGGCCCAUAAGCUUCUGUGGGUUGAGGUCAGUGUUCAUCUAGUGUAUCUCUUACCUCUUCUUUCAUAUGAUGAUCAUGAAAGGACAAGCAUGGAGAUGAAAGCUGUCAUUAUUGAGGAUAGCAGGUGCAGACAGAAAGCACCUGAAUGGUGCUCCUGAAUUAACCAAUCCUGGAACUGCUAUACCUUUGGACUUUUUCUUUUAUAAUAAAUUCCUUAUAUUGGUCAGUC